AUGGCGAUGGGCUUCUCACCUGAGCAGGUGGCGUGUGUUUGUGAGGUUCUUCUCCAAAGUGGAAGCAUGGAUCGCUUGUCUUCAUUCUUAUGCUCUUUACCUUCAAUUCCUACAUCUUCCAACAUGUAUAUGGGUUUUGGCCCGAGUCAGGAGAGUGUGUUGAAGGCACGGGCUGCAGUCGCCUUCCACCACUGCCGUUUUACAGAGCUGUACGCCUUGUUAGAGGGGAACGUGUUUUCCCCGAGCAGUCACCCUCUACUCCAGCAGCUGUGGCUCCGGGCGCACUACAUGGAGGCUGAACUGCAGCGGGGCCGCCCUCUUGGGGCUGUGGGGAAGUAUCGCAUCCGCCGCAAGUUCCCUCUUCCUCGCACCAUCUGGGAUGGAGAGGAAACCAGCUACUGCUUCAAGGAAAAGUCUCGAAGUGUGCUGAGAGAGUGGUAUUGCAGAAAACCGUAUCCCUCGCCACGAGAAAAACGAGAUUUGGCUGCAGCCACAGGACUCACUGCAACACAAGUCAGCAACUGGUUCAAGAACCGCCGCCAGCGGGACAGAGCUGCGACCAGCCGCCAGGGAACUUCAGCAGGAGUGUUUCUGAGUUCAGACGAGGAGAUCUCUCCUCCAGGAAGCCCCAGAACACUGUUCUCCUGCUCCCAGCAGCUCUCUGCCCAUCCACCUCCUCUCCGCCAUUUGGGACCUGCACACUACUGAGUGCACUGGAACAUAGGUCAAACAACAGCAACCUGAUGUGCUGCAAGCAUGUUUGUGUUGGGUUUAUAUGUGGGAUUACAGUUGACUGAGAGCCAGUGUUCAGAACACAUAAGAUGUGUGGAGCCGCUGUAGAGUUUAAUAAUCUAGUGAAAUUGUAUCAUUUG